AUGGAUAAAUCCAAAGAAUAUACAGAAAAAAAAAUAGAAUCCACUUUUGUCAUAGUUGGAGGUGGUAUAGCUGGAGUAUCUUGCGCUGAGGGAUUGAGUUUUCUUGUUCCAGAAGAAAGUAUAAUCCUAAUUACUGCUAGUCCUUUGGUAAAAGCCGUGACAAAUAUAGUUCCGUUAGGCAAAACAUUGAUGCAUUUUGAUGUAGAAGAGAAAAGUGCAACAACCUUGAAUGAGAAAUAUAAGAUGUUAAAAGUGAUUCAUGAUACUGUAGUGAAAAUUGAUAUUACUGGAAAAUUAGUAGAAAUUAGCAAUGGAAAGAUCAUAAGUUUCAAAAUGUUAUGCCUUUGUACUGGUGCAAAACCGAAGUUGAUUGCAGAAAACAAUAACCUUGUUGUAGGUAUUCGUGAUACAGAAUCUGUACUACAGUUUUCUCAUAAGCUUAAAAAUGCGAAAAGAAUCAUAAUUGUUGGUAAUGGAGGAAUUGCUACCGAAAUUGUACACGAAAUUAAAGGCGUGGAAAUAAUCUGGGUAAUUAAAGAUAAACACAUUUCCGCAACCUUUGUCGAUCCUGGAGCCGCCGAAUUUUUUUUAAAUAAGAUUUAUUCUAAAUCCGAUAUGUCAGAAAAUAAAGAUACGCCAACCAAAAGAAUGAGAUAUGUAGUGUCAGAUACUGCACCAGUUAAAAACGGAGCUGCUCUUGGUCCAGAUUGGCAUAACAACUUUGACAUGAGCAGUACACUUUUUACAUCUACCAAUGUACAAGUCGAGUACGAGUGUGAAAUAUCGAAAAUAUUUACUUCCGAUGAGCAAAAACAGUUCAACUCUAUAGAAAAAUGGCCAAUAUACGCACAAUUAACGAAUGGUAAAAUUAUCGGGUGUGAUCUUAUUAUUUCAGCAACAGGUGUUAUUCCAAAUUCCGACAUACAUGGAUUAGAAGACCUUAAAAAAGGAGAGGAUGCUGGAUUAUUAGUAGAUUGGAAGUUAGAAACUUCAAAGAAAGAUAUUUAUGCUGCCGGAGAUGUGUGUACUGCAGACUGGCCAAAAGCAAAGCAUUGGUUUCAGAUGAGACUUUGGACACAGGCCCAUCAAAUGGGUCGUUAUGCUGCAAAGACAAUGGUCGCGAAUUUAAAAAACGAAGAAUUCUUGCAAGACUUUUGCUUCGAACUCUUCACUCAUGUGACUAAAUUUUUUUCUUACAAAGUUAUCUUACUCGGCUUGUACAAUGGACAAACUUUGGAAAAAAAUUAUGAGAUACUUUUGCGAAUCACCAAAGAUCAAGAAUAUAUUAAAAUUAUUCUACAAGAUGGCAAAAUGCAGGGCGCAGUACUCAUCGGGGAAACAGAUUUGGAGGAAAUGUGUGAAAAUUUGAUACUUGAUCAGUUAGACUUAAGUAUAUAUGGAGAAGAUUUAUUAAAUCCUAAUAUUGACAUUGAAGAUUAUUUUGAUUAAGGUAAACUAUUAAUUUGUUAAUAUAUGUAUUUAUCUUAA